AAUCAGAUCGCAGCGUUUGUUUUCAAACGUGAGAGCAGGCAGGUGGUAUCAGUGCAGGUCAGUGUGUAAACAGGUGAGCCAGGCAGCGCCCUCAUACCCGGAAGAAAAAAAAAAAAAAAAAGUAAACGAAGCGACGCGACGCACAGACUGAGAGAUGGAUCAGAGGGCCAUCCAGCAGGAGUUUGAGGAUCAGUUCAACGAUGUGGUUUCCAGACUGCAGUCCAAGCAGCUCUUCCAGUCCGACUGGGACAUCGCUUCUUUCGCGGUCUUCUUCAUCUUCAUUGGUUUGGUCGGGCUGCUGGUGAUCCUGGUUCUCAUCCGCUGCUGCUGCUGCUGCUGCUGUGAUUAUGAGAAGCCUCGGAGACGAAAGGUCGGCAUCGAGAACAUGGCUCUGGAGCCCUGACGGCUGAGCUGACCCGCUGAAGUAUUGUGACGCCGAAUCUGGAAGCAGAGCCUCACAGUCUGACUCCUGUGCCAAAGCAGAAGCUUUUUUAUUUUUUUCCCCUGUAACCCAGCCUGUAAACACACGUGCACAGUAGAAUGAAGUGUCGUUUGCACAGCCCUUUUGCUUCCCAGAGAUGGAAAUCUUAACAUUGGUGAUCUUGUUGACUGUCUCUCCUGUGUGGGUUUUUAUUGCUAGGAUACCACACAGGAGCUGGAAACUCUCAGCUGCCGCCUGCUGCUCUUCUGCCUCUGUAGAUUACUCUGUAGAACACGACUUCCUCUCACUUUGUCUGCUGGAAAGAUGUUCAUGUUUUGAUUUUGAAGGUUUUUACUUAGAAAUAAAAUUUGAAUCUAAAAAAAAAUCAAUAUCAUUUGACU